AUGAACAUAGCGCUACACUAUCGUUCCUCUCUAUUGAAAGUAUUUGGAUAUCAAAAUUAUUUUUUGGAUAAUGAUUGGAAAAAAUCUAUUUCAAUUAAAAGUGAAAAAGGUGAAAUUAAAGUGAAAAGAAUUGGACCACACAUAGAAAUUUUCCAAGUAUUCCGCGAAAGGGACAGAUUCACAAUCACCAAAAAAAUAGUUAGAAUGAUCACUGUCAUGCAGGCGCAUGUUAGGGGGUGGCUCGAACGCACACGGUUCCAAAGGAUAAUAAACAAGGCUUUGUAUCAUGGACCAGAUUUGAAAACAGUUAUAAAUAUGUAUCGCAGAACAAUCCAUCGUGUUAGAUAUCGGCUUGGUCUUUGGAGGACGAGAGAAAUUGUAAACUACACAGAGCUAGAGGAAUGGAUGGACAGAAAAAAAUUCUAUGAAACAAUGUUUGCUAAGAGAGAAGAUUGGCAGGGAUUAGAAAGAAGUGAGCUCCUUAAGUACUUCAAUGACUGUGGUCAUUUCCCAACUCAGAAACAAAUUGAUCAUGUUUGGAAUCUGGUCCAUACGGAUGACCAUGAAAGAUAUUCUGAACUAAUCAAGAAGUUCAAAGCAAUUGACAUGAUAUUCACACUCUAUCCUCCUCUAGGUGCCCAUGUGAUUAAGAAUACACAACUUAAAUCAACUUGGCUAAGACCCAUUAUAAAUGGGGAAGAAGGAUAUAAAUAUAUAGUGAAUGGACACCCAAUACUCAAAAGAGCUAACAUACAGAUUGUUGGGAAGUUAGUGGCCAACUCCAUGAGAGAAAGGAAAUUUAGACAGCAUUAUAAAUCAUGAGAUGUAGAAUGGUGUUUUCAAAACGAUGUGAACUUUCAGUACUUGAACCUGAACCUAUCUACUCAGAGAUAGGUUAAUAUUGGAAAUGGAUCAAUUCUGUAU